CAGAUAAAUGUGAAUAGCAUCUUAAAUCAGCUAUUGAUAUUCAACCCAAACUCGUAUUUGUUAAUGUGUAAGCAUCCAGAAGCCAACAUCUAGAAGCCUCCAACUAAUCAACGUCAGAUAGAUGUGAAGCUGUACGAAUUGUAAUUUUUUUUAGGUCUUCAGGCGAUGCUUUAGCACAGAGCUAAUCUGAGUGAGCGCGGAGGGCUUGUACAUCCCGUUUAAAAGCCCCCCAGAGGCUCAUCCCCGGGACACGGCUGACGACCGCGGGGUUAUUGGAUGCCGCUCCACUCCUGUGACUUUGAGAGAUCUGCGCUCUGUUCUAGAUCACAGACAUCGGCGGCUGAGCGAGGGACUUGGAAAAGCUCUGAUGGUAUCAGGUGCCAGAAGUCAUACAUCCUCCCAUAGUGAACUGACCAGCUGUACCUGAGUGUGGACACCAUGGAUACAAUAAACUUCACUUUCUGGAACACCUCUGAGGGCAACGAGACCCUGGAGACGGCGGACGAGAGCCCGUAUAAGACAGUGGAGGUGGUGUUCAUUGUACUGGUGGCCGGCUCACUAAGCUUGGUGACCGUUAUCGGGAACAUCUUGGUCAUGCUCUCCAUCAAGGUUAACAGAAGCCUGCAGACUGUCAACAACUACUUCCUGUUCAGCCUGGCCUGUGCUGACCUCAUCAUUGGCCUUUGCUCUAUGAACCUGUACACAGUCUACAUUGUGAUUGGAUACUGGCCGCUAGGCCCGGUCGUGUGCGACUUGUGGUUGGCGCUGGACUACGUGGUCAGCAACGCCUCCGUAAUGAACCUGCUAAUCAUCAGCUUUGAUCGAUACUUUUGCGUCACCAAGCCGCUCAGCUACCCAGUGAAGAGGACGACCAAAAUGGCCGGGAUGAUGAUUGCGGCGGCUUGGGUUUUGUCCUUCAUCCUCUGGGCUCCAGCUAUCCUGUUCUGGCAGUUUAUCGUUGGCGGGCGCACGGUGCCAGAGAAGGAGUGCUACAUUCAGUUCUUCUCCAACGCCGCGGUCACUUUCGGCACGGCUAUUGCUGCUUUCUACCUGCCCGUCAUUAUCAUGAUGGUGCUGUACUGGCAGAUAUCCCGCGCAAGCAAGAGCCGUGUCAAGAAGGACAACCGCAAACCGUCAGGUGGCAACCUCGAUGUAGCAUCAUCCAAUCAGAUCCGCGCAAACACGGCCAACAAACCCACCAACAACAACCUAACAGCUGAAGAAACAGACAGAGGACAGACCCAGCUAACAGAUGAUGCCACCAACCAACACGAUGCCAAACUCCAGAACGGUAAAGCCCCAUCCACGGCAAGCGGAGAAGCAGAGGCGGAAGAUGGAGGACGAGGAAACUGCGUUCCUGCAGAGGAGAAAGAAAGCUCCAAUGACUCCACCUCUGGCAGCGGAGCUGUAACCAAUCAAAAGGACGAGGCGGCACCAUCCAAAGCCAAUGACAACCAGGCUCCCACGAGGCACCGCGCCAAAGCUGGAGGCUCCAAACUGACAUGCAUCAAGAUCAUGACCGAAUCGCCAAAAGGCGACUGCUGCACACCUUCGAACGCGACGGUGGAGAUCGUCCCGGCCACCGAGAGACAGAACCAUGUAGCGAGGAAGAUCGUGAAGAUGACCAAGCAGCCGCCCAAGAAGAAAAAAGCACCAUCCUCUCGGGAAAAGAAGGUGACGCGCACCAUUAUGGCCAUCCUGGUGGCCUUCGUGGCUACUUGGACGCCUUACAACGUGAUGGUCCUCAUCAACACCUUCUGCUCCAGCUGCAUUCCCAACACGGUGUGGACCAUCGGAUACUGGCUCUGCUACAUCAACAGCACCAUCAACCCCGCUUGCUACGCCCUCUGCAACAUCACCUUCAAAAAGACCUUCAAACACCUGCUGCUCUGCCAGUACAAGAACAUACGCUCGGCCCGAUGAGCAGUAACGUGUGUGCAUGCGUUAUAUUUCACAUGUGUGUUCUGGUCACAAAGGUACAUGUCUGGAUGUGUUUGUAUGUGUGGAAAGAUAAAGUAAACUGAAGAGUUUAUUUGCAAAAACAGAUUACUAAUUUCCUUAAAUCAUGUUUCUAUUGUGUUAUCAUGUUCUUAUUGUGUUUUAGUGUGUGUAUUUUAAGCUAUUAUUAUUUAAUCAAAACAACCCAACUGUAAUUUGAUAUCAAAUGGAAUGCAGAAAAAAAAAGAAAAAAGAAAACAUGAUUUAUUUAUGAAUUAUCUGUUUUUGUAAAUGAACUCUUCAGUUACAAAUUGAAGAUUGACCCAUCAACAACCAUCAUGUACAAAGUUUUAAGAAUCCCUCAUCCUUGUAGUUUGGCGAAUUUGACUCUAUUUUAACAUAUUUCACCAUGUUUAAAUCACAGAUUUCCCCUAAAAUAAGUGUGGAAAGUCUGGGCGAGUGUGUGAUUGCAUUUAU